AUGUCAUCUGAAUACGCCAAUCUUUUACCCAAAAAUGGGAAAUGGAAACAACAAAUCACAGACUUUUUAACCGAGGAUGUGCCUUCGUUCGAUUUUGGUGGAUUUGUCGUUGGCGCCAAACCAGAAACAGCAUCAUUAUACAUGAAACAAGAAGGAUUGAUAUGCGGUGUGCCUUUCGCUGCUGAAGUCUUUAAACAAUGCGAUUUAAAAGUCAAAUGGCAUCGUGAAGAAAAGACGUAUGUUACGGCUGAGGAAUUGGAACAGAAUGGCGGCAAGAUUGUCGUGGCCACUGUUUCUGGUGCUGCUAAAAAUAUUUUGUUGGCCGAAAGAACUGCAUUGAAUUUGUUGGCUAGGGCUUCAGGUGUAGCUACUCAGUCUUACAUUACCAAGAAGUUGGCCGACGAGAAUGGAUAUACUGGGUUAAUUGCUGGGACAAGAAAGACUACACCCGGAUUACGAUUAGUUGAAAAGUAUGCCAUGCUAGUUGGUGGUGUAGAUACACACAGGUAUGACUUGAGUUCAAUGGUUAUGUUGAAAGAUAACCAUAUUGCAUCAACUGGAAGUAUCACCGAUGCAGUAGCGAAAGCAAGACUGGUUUGUGGGUUUGCUGUCAAAGUCGAAGUUGAAGUAAGUUCAGAAAAAGAUGCAAAAGAGGCUAUAGAUGCUGGUGCUGAUGUUAUCAUGUUGGAUAAUUUCAAAGGAGAUGAAUUGAGAAAAGUGGCGCAAAAUUUGAAAGAGCAUUAUAAAGGAGGUAACAAGGCAUUCUUGUUGGAAUGUUCAGGCGGGUUGACAUUGAACAAUUUGAGCAGUUACCUUUCAAACGAUAUUGAUAUUUACUCUACGUCAUCAAUUCACCAAGGUACGGGUAUCGUUGACUUUUCAUUGAAAAUUGACGUCUAA